GUCAAAUUGAGCGUACACAGGAUGAGCAAGGCAGAUAACAUUGACUUUGCUGCGCUGGGGCUGAAUGCGGACCAGUACGGAGCUCUCAAACGCGCGUUCUCCAAGUACGACAAGAUGAACACGGGCACAAUUCGCGUGACGGACUUCGCUGCGUUGAUCAAGGAUAUCGGUGAAGAAUUUGACGAAGAGGAAAUGCAAAUCGCCAAGACGAGCUUAGAAGACCAGGACGGCGACUACAUUCAGUUCACUGUCUUUCUGAAGUGGUGGCUAGAAGAGUUGAAGUAGCAACAUGCAAUAAAUACGCCGUCACUUGGACAAAUUGACGGCGACUUCACGGGCUUGGGCUUGAAGUGCUUGAAUCACCGCACGUUUAACCUUUAACGCACGAGAAAUGAGUUCCCGCCGCAUUUGCCUACGACAUACUCAUGUGGUUCAAGCUAACGUAGACCUGAUA